ACUAAUUUAACUGUUUCCAAUAUGCCACGUGCUUCUUUGUUGUUCUACAAACGUUUGAGGGGGUAAAUAUGUGAAAUGACGAAAAUAGCCUCCCUGCAAACUCUAUCCUCUCGUCUAGCUUCCCGGCGAUUUUGCUUUAAUUUUGAGCUCAAACUCCAUGAAUAUGUCUCUCGGCUUCUCCUGCUCUGCCUCUCUUUCCCCUCAACUUCCAAGUCAGCUACUUGCGAGAAACAGCAACAAUGGAGGCCUCGAAAAGGUGAAAAACCUAAUUACAAAAACUGGAAUUCCUUCUCACAUCACCUCUCCACUUGAAUCACUCCAAAAGGGCAAUUGGGUAAAACUCAUCUGCGGCGCCAGCUUUGAGGAUGUAGUUGACAUCAGGAAUCUCUCUCUGGUUUACACUCUUGCUGGAGUUGAUUGUAUUGAUUGUGCUGCUGAGUCAUCGGUUAUUAAUGCUGUACACGACGGUAUCGAAGCGGCUAGAUCUAUAAUUCCCGUUCGAAGGCCUUGGGUGAUGAUCAGUAUCAACGAUAGUGAGGAUCUUCAUUUUCGUAAAGCUGAAUUCGACCCGGAUGAUUGUCCGAUUGAUUGCUCGAGGCCAUGUGAGAAUGUUUGUCCAGCUGAUGCAAUCUCAUAUUUAGGCAAAGAUGGUUUAUCCAAGGGUGGUGUCUUAGCUGAACGCUGCUACGGUUGUGGACGCUGCUUACCGAUUUGCCCGUAUGAUAAAAUAAGAGCAAUUACAUAUAUACGGGACGUCGCUGCUACAGCUAAACUUCUUAAACAAGAUGGCAUCGACGCCAUAGAAAUUCACACUAGCGGAAGGGAGGCGGAUUCGUUCCGUGAACUCUGGAAUGGUCUAGAAGGUUCGAUUGAUAAGCUAAGACUUGUAGCAAUUAGUUUGCCUGAUUUAGGGGAGUUGACUAUACCUGCAAUGAAUUCUAUGUAUGCAACAAUGAACGUCAACCUUCACUGCCUCAAUUUAUGGCAGUUGGAUGGGCGCCCCAUGAGUGGAGAUAUUGGACGAGGCGCGACAAGGGAAGCAAUCAAAUUUGCCCGAGAUUUAGUCUCCAUCAAAGACAAGCCUAGAGGUUUUCUUCAAUUAGCGGGUGGCACAAAUGCUCACACGGUAGAGGGUCUCAAAAGGGAGAGAUUAUUCCAAACCGCCGCCACCUCAUCUGAGAAAUCACUGGAUUCGUCACAUGCUAUGAUCAGUGGAGUAGCUUACGGUGGUUAUGCACGAAAAAUAGUCGGUAGGGUGUUGAGAUCUUUGCAAUCCGAGCAAGGUUAUGCCCAUCUCGAAGAUUACCCGGAUCAUCUUCUCAAGGCACUUAUAGAAUCGAUUGCUUUAGUUGGCACAGUUAAAUCCUAUAAUAAUAAUGGGAGUUAGUUUGUGAAAUACGAGGUAAACUACGAAGAACCCAGCUUACAUGUUGGAUUGUAUAUCGGAAACUGCAAUUGUAAACUGAAAUGCAAGAAGAAAAUGAGGUAUAAUUUGUAUAUAGCUGAGCAUAAUUGAGAAUGUUAACGGUUAUGAUUGUUGAAUUUCCGUAAUACCACUGUCUACAA